AUGAUCUCAAGCCACCAAGUGCUAAAAGACGCCAACGGUGAAAAGAUGCCAAGAUCGAUUCGUCUAUUGGAAAAAGCAAGUACAGCAUUUCAUUUCGACAAUUUCUUUUCUUUUCCUCUCCCAAGAGCCGGACGAGACGCAUAUUUCAUAUUUCCGGAUUCGGAUCCGAGUGCAUAUCUCUACAGUGCCGCAAACGGGCCGCAGCAUGACCCCCUCCCCAUAUUGCUUGUUGCCUCCUCGCAACUAUGGCCUCUUCGGGUAAUCUUCAAUCUUAUCCUGGGACACGACCUCCGUGGAAAUUCCAUCGACUCGUUUGGUGCAAGACGUGGUAUUCCCGCAAGAAUCCAUGAAGCCAACGAUAGCAAUUUUACUCCAACGGCUAAGCGCGGUCAGCAAAGAAGGACAAGCGCCGAGAUUUGGGACCAACCAAAUUUAUCUACACUCCUCACUGCAGAUAAUAUGGAGAAGCAGCUCGGGUCUGGUGCCAAGGCUUCAGGGGUGGGAAAUGGCCCUUCAUGGGUGCCACGAAGUCCACGAUAA